CCACCCUGUGUGCAUGAAGCUUGCAUGUUCUCCUUGUGCUUCAGGGGUUUCCUCUGGGUACACUGGUUUCCUCCCCCAAUCCAACACAUGCGCUGUAGGCUUCUCGACACUUCCAAAUUGUGUGCGAUUGUGCCCUGCGAUGGGUUGGCAUCCAAUCCAGGGUGUCCCCUGCCUUGUGCCCUUUGUCCUCUGGGAUAAGAGCCAGGCUCCCUGCAACCCUGUGAGAGUAAAGAUGACAACGUUCCGUUGCCGAGUUAUACUUUUGGAUGACACUGUCGUUGAGCGGGACCUGGAGAAAAAAGCCUUGGGCCAGGUUCUGUUUGAUAAAGUCUGUGAGCAUCUCAACCUGCUGGAGAAGGACUAUUUUGGCCUGGCAGCAUGGGAUUCAUCCAAUAACAAGGUGUGGCUGGACGUUUCUAAACAGGUUCACAAGCAGAUUAUACGUCAAGAUGCUACAUUUACAUUCAGUGUCAAGUUUUACCCACCUGACCCUUCUGUACUGGCUGAGGACAUCACAAGAUACUUACUGUGUCUUCAGCUAAGGGCAGACAUCCUGACUAGCCGUCUGCCCUGUCCGUCAGAUGUGUUGGCAGUUCUGGGAUCCUACACAGUCCAGUCGGAAUUUGGAGAUUAUAAUCCUGAACUACAUGGGAAAGAGUUCUUCAGUAACAUUCCCCUUGCACCCAAUCAGACUCCAGAGCUGGAAGAGAAAGUGACAGAGCUGCAUCGCACACUCAGAUCCAUGAGUCCUGCUGAAGCAGAUCAGCUUUUCCUGCAGAAUGUCAAGACGCUCGACAUGUACGGAGUACACCUGCAUCCUGCUAAGGAUGCCAGUGGAGCAGAUGUGAUGCUGGGGGUAUGUGCUGAUGGUCUAGCGGUGUAUGAAGGUGAGGAAAAGACACAGACUUUCAUCUGGCCUAACGUUCUGAAUAUGUCUUACAAGCGCAGCAACUUCCAUGCCAGGAUUAUACACUCAGAGGAUGCAACUGAGAAUACCAUCAAAUUCAGUUUGCCCAGCUACCGUGCCUGCAAAUGCCUGUGGAGAAAUGCUGUGGAGCAUCAUGCCUUCUUCAGGAACCUUGAGGAGCAAGACAAGGUCAAAGAGGGGCUGCUACAUUUGGGUUCUAAGUUUCGCUUCCACGGGAGCACUCAUGCAGAAUCUCUCAAGGCCAGCUCCACCAUCGAGCGACCAGCUCCACACUUUUCACGCUCAGGCAUCAAGAGAAAAGCAAAAGAAAGCUAUCUUAUGGCUUUGAAGCGCCCAUACCAAACCGAGGUUGACGACUGGUUCCAAGUGCUUGGCUCUGAUGAAUCAUGGCCCACUUAUGGCCCAGACAAGGGCGAACUGACAGGUGGAGAGACCCUUGCUUAUAAAGAAAGAGAGGAAGUGGAUAAGCUGGAUGACGAGUGGUUUCAGCUAUUGGGUGGGCGCUACUUUCCCACUCAGCAUUCUUUGUCAUCCUUAAGUUCAGAUACUGAUAUUUUAGAAAGUGCUACAUUCCAGCUUUGGAAACUACAAGCUGAUGACUGGUUUGUCCUCCUCAAACCCCACACUUAUCAACCCACUUUUUGGCACUGGAAGACCAUACCAUCGUCUCUACAGUCCUCUCAAGCUGAAGAGCAGAGAGAAGAGCUGGAAUGGAUAGAAAGAACCUCAGAGAUGGGUAUAAAGGAUGACAAAAUAAGAAAAGAGGUUGAGGCUGUGACAGAACGUCAUGAGGAACUGGAAAUGGAAAGAAACCUAAUGAGACCAGACGUUGCUGAAGAAAAUCUAAAGCUGGAUAUUGAAGCCAGUGAGCAAAUACUGAAAGUUAUGAGGAAAAAGAUAGAACAAGAGGGGGAUGGAGAGGAAUUACAAACAGUAGUAAUGUAUGAACAGAGAACACAGGAAGUAGAACCUCAUACUGGACAAUUUCAGGAGUUUUUUGUUGAGCAAAGUAUGAGAGGGAUGGAGGUAGUAGACACAGUACAUGAAUUGAUGUUAAAGACAGGUCAAGUAGUGUCUGAGGAAAAUAUAGAGGAAUUAGAGGAAACAUUACUAGAAGUGGAAAGUAUUGAACAAAGACUGGAGGACAUACAAAGGCUGAAAGUCAGAUUACAGGAAGUAGACAUUUUGCAGCAAAAACUAGAAGAAGUGCAGCAGGCAAGAAGACAACGAGGGGAGAGCGACGACUGGUACGUUCUGCUGGAGCACAAACUGAUGGAAUCUUUAGCACCUACAAGAAUACUAGUAGUGGAAACCUCUGAACAAAAGCUGCAGGACAUAGAAAAGAAAAGACAAGAACAAAGACAGAGAGGUGAUUGGUACCUUUUGCUGGAUCGCAAACCCUUGGUGAUAUCUUCAGCAAGUGCAGCAGAGCAAAAAGCAGAGAUUAGACAGUGGAUAGAGGCGGAACUCCAGAGAGCAAACACUAUAACACCUGUCCAGAUGAAAGAUGACUGGUACAUUUUGCUGGAAUUGCUUCCACAGACCAUUCAACCUACACUGCCUCCAUCAGAGAUUGAUAUCCAGUCAUCUCGGGUACGUGUGGUAGAGGAGCACAAAAACUUGGGCGAGGAAAAGGAAUGGAGAGAGGAGAGAGUCAUUAAUGUGAGAGAAACACAACCAACGUUACCAGCACAAAGAGAAGAACAGACACAGAAACAGAAGGAUGAUGACUGGUUUAUCCAGCAGGAUGUUUCUCCUAAAGAAGGUGGUGUUUACAAAGAGACCAGAGAGGAGGAAGCACAGCUAGUCAAAAAGGAAGGAAAGAAGAUAAUAUUUGAGGAGAAGAGAAGAGAAAUGAUAGAAACAUCUCAUGAAAUGGUUCAGAUGAAUCCAAUACCUUUCACUCCUUCAGUGCCUAUGACACUGAUCUCUGAAGAUACAGCAGGCCUGAGACCUCAUCAAACAGUCAAGAUCGAGGAAAAGGAAGUAAUCUUUGACAAGAAGCCAAUGAUCAUCAGAAAGGAGCAAGUGAUAGUAGGAGAAGUGGAAAAGAAAAAUCCUGCUAUAAGGCGUGAGGAUGAAGACGACUGGUUUGUGUUUUUUUCACCAGCACAGUUUGUGAAGAUGGCCGUUGCCACAGCAAGAGGCCAUGUGGUAGAGGACAGAAGACUUUAUCCAUAUGUGCCUGGACCAAAAGCAGCAGCGUAUCAUAGAGAGGUGAUUGAUGACUGGUUCAUCAUGUUUGAGCCUGUUUCUAAAAAAUCAGUGAGCGUGGACAGGAGAGCUGAGGAGGACCAGGCUAGGAAGGAGGAGUUGUUUAAGAAGAAAGCCAUGGCAGAAGACAGACGAAAAGUGACAGGAUUCAAACCUCCUUCAGUUCCUGUCAUUCCACUGACUCCAGCUGACCAGCCAAUGACAUCGACUCCCACUGCACAGUCUGUUCGCAUCACAAGACCCACCUAUGAAGAAGAGAGUCUAAAGAGACUCGACAUCACACAGGAGAUCACACAAGACAUAACGCAAGAAUCUAAGGUGGAAACAGAGUCCAUCAUAAAGAGAAAGAGAAGAGAGAAGAGAAUUGAGGGUGAAUCCAUUUAUAUCCGUCACAGCAUUCUAAUGUUAGAGGAUUCUGAUGUGAUUCAGGAUGUGGUGUUGAGGCAUCAUGCCAGCAUCAGCGAGUUAAAGCGCAUCUUUAUGGAGGAUAUGCCUGUGUCUGGCCCCACUGAGUGGGACAGGCGUCUCUCAACAUACAUUCCUGUUGUCUACCCCCAAUUAUCCAAUGGCGAGCUAUUUACUGGCAUAGACAUAAUGGGAGCAGAUGAAUUGGUGGCCGUGUGAUGUCUCUCCACCCUGUAAUACAGAGCGAAUCCUCUGUCAUAUUAACAGAUAGGCAGCCAGAACCCCUUUUUUUCUCCAUUUCAUCAAUGAUACAUUGCUAUUAUUACUUGGUAAUAUAACCUGUAUACAGUUUUUAUUUUUAUGUGCAGUAAAUACUAUAGAGCAUAUAUAUUGUAAUACUUCCCGUUUCAGUGGUUUGUUGGUCUAAUGCAGCUUUCUAAUGUCUGGUAAUGGAUAUGAGGCUAUCACUGUCUAUGUAGGCUUGUCAGUAUUCAGUAGCCACAUUUUGAAAGUUGUGGAAGAUCAAAAAUCAAAAUCAAAAAUGUGUGUAGGAUUGUUUGGGUAAUUUUAGCAUUAUGUCAGUCAUCAGUGAAGAAAUAAAAUGAUCAGAAUUAAACCCCAAACUCAGACAAGAUGAUUUUUGAGAUUGCAGGUGUCAUCAGGAUCUUGGACUGGUUGCUGAACUGCUUUUAUUGUCAUUAUGUGUAUAGGUGUGGUUAUUAAAAAAAAUAAUAAAAUAAAAUAAAUUAAAAAUUAGACUUAGAUUCAUUUUGAAAGUACCAAGUUAUAGUUUGUUUAUUAGGUUUAGAGCCUGUAUAUGGAGAUAACACAAAAUUCCACUUACAGUUUGUUUGUACUUACAUGUUUUGUUGAUUUAUUCUUGUCAUGACUAUUUUAUUUGGCAUAAAGUCUGUUAAAACACUAA